CAGUCCAAAUUUUGGUUGGGUUAUAAUAUAAACCAAGUCGAAUAACCGCUCAAAUCACUAAGUAUAAGAGACCGCUGGUGAAAUGUUGAAACUUUCGUUUGUGCUACUUUUAGGCUUUUGGGCGUCGCUGAGCGUCGGCCGUUUGACGACGAGCGGUCGGGACUUUCUUUACAACGGCCAGAGAGUCUUUCUGUCGGGGGCCAACAUCGCUUGGUAUUCGUACGGCUACGAUUUCGGCAACGGAGUUUACCAAUCCGAUGUUAAGGAGACGCUGGAAACCUGGCUAACAAUGAUUGCCAAUAGCGGAGGAAAUUCAGUUCGACAAUGGGUGCAUGUGGAAGGUCAAAACACUCCUGCUUAUGACAGUAACGGUUACGUCACAGGUCCCGACCGAACGGGGACCAUCAUCGAUGAUAUGCGCUCGUUCCUUGAUUUUGCUCAGAGUCAAAAUAUUUUGGUCAUCUUCGUCCUGUGGAACGGGGCCGUAUUAGAAAAUCAAAAUACCAUCAACCUCUUUUACGACGACGCCAAACUGCAGAGUUACAUCGACAACGCUCUUAAGCCAAUGGUGGCUGCUUUGGGUGACCAUCCUGCUCUUGCAGCUUGGGAAAUAAUGAACGAACCGGAAGGGGCCAUCUUACUCAACCAGGCUAGUGAUAACCCGUGUUUCGACACGACUCCACUCGCCAAUACUGACGCCAGCUGGACAGGCCUUACCAUUCCAAUGGAAAAUAACUUGAAGUUUGUCAAUUGGCAAACUCAUGCUAUUAAAGAAGCUAACAGCGCUUCUCUGGUUACCCUUGGUUCCUGGUCGGAACACGCCCAGUCUGAUGCUUACGAGCAAUCGAGGAAUUACUACACGGACGCAUGUCUCUUGGCAGCCGGUGGCAGAAGUUUGGGCACGUUGGACUUUUACCAAUUUCAUACUUACACGUACACCGGACAAUGGGAUCCCAGUGAGCCCUUCAAGGUUACUGCCACUUCCUACAAACUGGACAAACCUUUGGUGAUUGGUGAAUUUGCUACAGUUUGUGGAGGACCUGAGAGCAGUCCAACACUCUUUCAAUACAGCUACGAUAACGGCUAUCAGGGAGUUUGGUCUUGGUCUUAUAAUGGUGGACCGACGGGUUCAACGUGCUGCGACAAUCAGACCACGCAAGACAGUGGCAUGUUGCAGCUGAAGGGUCAAAAUAACGGCAUCGGAGGAGCGGUCAAUUUCCCGAUUGUUCCAUAAAAUUAAUGAAUAUAUGGAAAUGAAUAAUUGAAAAUCACUCCAGAUCAAUGAAAAUCAUGACAUGGACAGUCUGAAAUGUCAUAAGAAUGUCACGCAAAUAUUACUGGCGAUUAUUUUUGAAUGAUAAAUCAAUAGGGUUGUUGCAUGAAAUUUCGAUUUGUUUUAAACAUACUUCAUGAGAAUCAGUUUUUCACGCUGAUUCUCAUGGUAUUUUUUAAAUAUUUUUCAAAAAAUGAACCUAACUUUGUGUAUUUCUGGUUCAAAGUUCAAAUAAGCGCCUCCCAUUUCAAAGCUAGGUCUCAGCCAUUUUUGAUGGGCGGUGCUUAAUUUGUGAUGAAUUUGUAGACGACGCUCACCAAAAUCACCCUU